AUGUGGGAGAUGGGUUCCAAGCCUGACGGGAGUUGGUACUGGGAAUGGGGGAGACAGUUCAAACCUCACGGGAGCUGGUACUGGAAAUGUGGGAGACGGAUUCUGACCCAUUACGGGAGUUGGUACUGGGAAUGGGAGAGAUGGAUUCUGACCAAUGACGGGAGUUGGUACUGGGAAUGGGGGAGACAGUUCAAACCUCACGGGAGCUGGUACUGGAAAUGUGGGAGACGGAUUCUGACCCAUUACGGGAGUUGGUACUGGGAAUGGGAGAGAUGGAUUCUGACCCAUGACAGGAGUUGGUACUGGGAAUGGGGGAGACAGUUCAAACCUCACGGGAGCUGGUACUGGAAAUGUGGGAGACGGAUUCUGACCCAUUACGGGAGUUGGUACUGGGAAUGGGAGAGAUGGAUUCUGACCAAUGACGGGAGUUGGUACUGGGAAUGGGGGAGACAGUUCAAACCUCACGGGAGCUGGUACUGGAAAUGUGGGAGACGGAUUCUGACCCAUUACGGGAGUUGGUACUGGGAAUGGGAGAGAUGGAUUCUGACCCAUGACAGGAGUUGGUACUGGGAAUGGGGGAGACAGUUCGAAUCUCACGGGAGCUGGUACUGGAAAAGUGGGAGACGGAUUCUGACUCAUUACGGGAGUUGGUACUGGGAAUGUGGGAGAAGGAUUCUGACCAAUGACGGGAGUUGGUACUGGAAAUGUGGGAGAAGGAUUCUGACCAAUGACGGGAGUUGGUACUGGAAAUGUGGGAGAAGGAUUCUGACCAAUGACGGGAGUUGGUACUGGGAAUGUGGGAGACGGGUUCCGAGCCUCACUGGAGUUAGUACUGGGAAUGGGGGAGACAGUUCCAAGCCUGUUGGGAGUUGGUACUGGGAAUGUGGGAGACAGAUUCUGACCCGUGACGGGAGUUGGUACUGGGAAUGCGGGAGACAGUUCGAACCUCAAGGGAGUUGGUACUGGAAAUGUGGGAGACGGGUUCUGACCUGUGACGGGAGUUGGUACUGGGAAUGGGGGAGACGGGCUGACCUGUGACUGGAGUCUGUAUUGGUAAUGGGGGAGAUGUGUUCCAAGCCUGUCGGGAGCUGGUACUGGGAAUGGGGGAGACGGGUUCUGACCUGUGACGGGAGUUGGUACUGGGAAUGGGGGAGACAGUUCGAAC